CCAACACCGACACCACCACCACCACCUCUGACCUCCACUCUCCACUCACCACACCGCCCGCCGCUCCCACACCACCGCGACACCCCCGACGCACAUUUCCACCGAACCCUCCCAGGGACUCCACGACCACACAGCUGCGUAUGUCAACCAUCGAGAACCUCAAGUCUUUUGACCCCUUCGCCGAGGCCGAUGCCGACGGUGAUGGUGAGACUAAGCAGUCGCAGAACUACAUCCACAUCCGUAUCCAGCAACGCAAUGGUCGCAAGACCUUGACUACUGUCCAAGGUCUCCCCAAGAAGUUUGACCAGAAGAAGAUCCUCAAGGUGAUCAAGAAGAAGUUUGCUUGCAAUGGCACCAUUGUCAACGACACCGAGAUGGGAGAGGUGAUCCAGCUCCAGGGCGAUCAGCGCAAGGAUGUGCAGGAAUUCUUGGUCGACAAGAAAGAGGGACUCGAGCUAGAUGCCAAGACCAUCAAGGUCCAUGGUUUCUAGGCUCUUCACCAGACGACACCGGAAUCGUCUGCAGCGCGUCGAGGGCACUGCGAAGUCGGGAUAACACUACAUACGAUCCGCGAAGACUCUCUUUGCAGAUUGCAUCACACGUGUGACGGACACGUCGGGCAGCGGCAGGUACCACUUGCUGUUCCUGGCUGGUCCAGAUCACGGCCGAUACGACUCCACGAUUACGAACUGCCUUGUUUAUCCGAUAACAGGCUACGACGAUAUGCGCAGGUAGACGCACGACGGAUGGUCCCUUCUGAAUCGACAACGAGGCGACAUGCUUGAUGUACGGUCCUACUACUUUUUCCUUUCUACAACCACGAUUUCGGUUAUGCUUCUAGGGAGCUGCAAGCAAUGAGGCACCGGCCGGCUGGCUAUGGAGAAACGGGUAGCUCUAAGUACUAAAGAAUGGAUUGCAUGAUGAGCAUGCUGCAAAUACCGAUACCUUCCACCUCGGAGCUCUGACACUGGCUAAUCUCCAAGUGCUGUGACUACUGAUUGGCUUCAGGUUCACCUUGGCUAGAAACUCGCAUGCACGUGUACUGUAGUAGCUAACACUGACAGUCCACAACGUGCGUGACAAGGUGCUUCAGGCGCAAAACCCAUCGCGGCAAGAGUGAUUGUAAGGUUUGCGUUCUUCGAGUGGCGGGGAUAGGUAAGGCACCUACCUGGUAGUUCGAUCGUGCAGUUUCAUGACCUGGCAGCUUGGCGCAGGUUGCAGCCCGUGCCACGUGACGCAUCAUCCAACAACAACAACUUAGGUAACUCUGUUUGAGCCCAAACAUUUCGAGCAAGGUUCCCUACCCAGCCUCUUGCUCUCUACACA